GAAAUUUACAGCAGACGGCGCAGUCUGAUGUGUAAAUAAUACAUUUCAAAGAUUUACUUUCGGAAGAAAGCUGCUUUAGUGAAAAGGUGAUUGAAGAAGGAGGACGUUCUGCAAGUCAAAAUGGCAUUGAAGAUAACAUUGUUCCUUGUCAUCGUUGUGACAGUAGCUCAUACCUUUUCAUGGUCGAUCAGAAAUUAUGACCGGUCUGAUCAGCAGUUGAAUAAUAUUGACGACUAUUACAAGAGCAAUUCUUUAAGAAAAAAUGUCAUCACAAACUCAUUGAGCCAUAUCAAAAAUCUAUUUCGAAAACACCACCAUAAAGUGCCGCCAAGAUCUAACGCAUAUGACGCUGCUAUGGGUGCUACACAAGCAGAUGUGAAGCAGUUUUAUGGGGAUAGCAACUAUCAGCCUUCUCUAACAGAAAAUGCAAAUCGUGGCAUUGGAUAUACAUCAAGCAGAUCGAUGGAUUAUAACACCAGAUUCAACAGUGACAGAAGUACUUUCAAGAAACGAGCGCUAACCACGAAUGGUAUUUUUAAUUACAAAGCUGCGUCAAAAUUCAAUCACAGGAAUGACAACAUAAACAAAAAGAUGUUCCAGCAGCUACAAAAUGAUGAAAAUCUGCUGCUUCAUGAAGCUGGAAGAAAUUAUGAUUAUAAUGACAUUAAUAUGCUACCUGUGUAAGAUUAUAAAAAACUGUUGUACAGUUGAUUAGCAUAGGAAUACAUUUCAUAGCACUUA